CCAAAAGCUGCUGUGCAGGUAGGAAGGUAGGUGGUACCUGGGUACUUGCCCAGGCUAGGCUAUUUUGCUUGGGGCAGAUCUUUUGCUGUACGGAGUACAUGGUAGCUCUCGAUAUCUGCGGGCCGCAAGCAGCAGCUCCACAAUCGCGUCCCGCCUUGAGUCGAACCCGACAAGGCUGAGCUGCUGCCAUCCUCGGCCCUAUCCUUAUCACCAGUCGAAUAUUUGGGGAUGAGCAUUCCGCCAUGUCAAUUCCUGGAUUAGGGCAGCUGCCCAUCAAGGCAGCCACCACUUCCGCCCGCAAGAUAAACCUCCGGCCCUUCUGGGAAUGGCGCUUCCAGAUCCCCCAUAACAACACCGUGGCCGUGCGGCUCGUCUCCGGCACCGCCGAGCGCGACGGCACCGAGCUCGCCCUCAACGUUACCUACAAGUUCCGCGGCAUAAAGUCAAAGAUUCUGACCUGGCGCGGCUGCGAGCUCGACAUCGAACCCUCGGGCGAAUUCGACGAGUAUUUGGCCGAGUACGCCGGCCCCGACGAGACGCCCGAGGUCUCGUACCUGAACCUGCACUUCCUGCUCGACGGCCUGAGGAAAGAAGCCAGGGCGAGGAGCGCCACAGGCCCGCGCGUCCUGAUCGCCGGCGCCCCCAGUGUCGGCAAGACGAGCUUGGCGCGCACGCUGGCGGCGCUCGCCGUCAAGUCUGGCGCGCAGCCGGUGGUGGCCAACAUGGACCCGCAUGAGGGUAUGCUGAGUCUGCCAGGGACACUAACCGCUGCCGUCUACGCCACGAUCAUGGAUUUGGAUGGUGAGGGGACGAAUGGGUGGGGUGGGACCCCAACCAGUGGACCGUCUGGCGUGCCCGUGAAGCUGCCCAUUGCACAGUAUUAUGGUCGCCAGGACGCGACGGACGAUAUCCAGCUGUACAAGGAGCUUGUGUCGAAGCUUGCUGGGGCCGCGACCGCCCGCAUGAGCGGCGAUGGGGACGUAAAGAGUUCUGGGAUGAUCAUUGACACGCCAGGCAUCGAAUUCUCUGGCCAGAUCGAACCAGGGACCUUGGACGCCUUGACCCACGUGAUCGACGAGUUCUCUGUCAACAUCGUCGUUGUCCUGGGCUCACCCAAGAUACAUACGGAGCUACAGAAGCGCUUUGCUAGGGAGAAGACGACGCUGGGCGAGCCCAUCGCGUCGGUAUUGCUUGAUCAGUCUCACGGUGUCGUCGAGAGGGAUGAGGGAUGGAUGAAGCUUAUGCAAGAGGCUGCUAUUAAGGAAUACUUCUUUGGGGACAGCAAGAGGACCUUGAGUCCCUUUUCUCAGCAAGUUGAUUUUGAUUCCGUGGCUAUCUACCGUAUUCCCGAGCCGAACGAGCAUGGCAGUGAAGGGCGAGGACUUGAGAAGAUCGAACCUACGCCAGCCCUGUCCCACUGGACCCUGGCGGUUAUGAACGCUUCGGUCGGUGACUCUCCGGAAAGCAUACGGACGGCGUCGGUGCUGGGAUUUGUCUACAUCUCGGACGUUGUCAAGGAUAGAAGAAAGCUGAGCAUGCUCACGCCUGUGAGCGGUAGGCUCGGCCAGCGGCCAUUAUUGUGGGGGAACUGGCCGGAGCAAUAUAUCAAUCUCUUGGGAUGAGCACGUCUGUCACGCAGUUUGGCUUUUCAGGGGCAACAGACUUGCCACCUUCUGGCUCGUCUCGGUUUGGGCUGCAUUGGGACCGGCGUUCACGGCGUCAUUUUUUCGUACUAUAGACGAUUAGAGGACUUCAAGAAUUGUACAAGGUACCAAUC